AUGAUGUACCCGACAACACUGGACCAAGGCGGGGUCUCACCAACUACCGCUGGCAGGAUGGGCAUCAAGGCAAUCACACACUCGGAGAGCCUGCCUCCUCGGAGAAGCCUUUCCAGCGACCUGCCCUCCCUCUCCUUCCACCGGUCCUUGAUCCACCCGCAGACACCACCCGAGUCUACCUCGGGCAGCCCACGGUUAAAGAUUGAGGGUAUGGCCUCUCCUUCCCAGUUCUUUGUUAGCUUGUCUGGACGCGAGGCUCAUGACCCUAUUUCAGCCUCGUCGCUCUCGGGCAUCUCGCGGGAUUGCUCCCCUCUCCCCGGCAUCGCCCGCCUUAGCUCGCCCACCAACCCCGUCUCCGUCAGACUCCCUAGCCUCGAGGAGUUCGAUCAAGGUGUAGAAGCUCUCGCCAGGUCCCAUGGCCCGGCCCGGCCUUAUACGCCGCCUUCGCCUCUUCCCAGCCUCGGCCGAGGGCCCGUCCUCCCUCAUCCCAUGCCGGCUCUCCAUGGAUACGCGCCGCACGAGACGUAUUCCGCCUACCACCACCACGAUCCGUUCAUGCACGGCUCGGCAAGCAUGGAUGGCUACCCCAGCCCGCCCCCAGAUGGCGAGAACCGACACAUCAAUCAAAAGUACACGACUGAGGAGGGCGACUUCAUCAUCUACGCCUGGCACGACAAGAAGCUCAAGUGGCAGCGCAUCAAGCAGGACUUUGCCGCGAUGUUUGGAAGGACGCCGGAGCGGACGGUACAGGGCCUGCAAGCCUGGUACUACCGCAUGAACCAGCGCAUCCCGCUCUGGGACCAGGACGGCUGGCUGAUUUUCGACAACGAGGACGACCUCGAGCCCAAGUACAUCAGCAUCAAGUGCCGAGAGAGAGAUAGCCAGGACAAGCCCAUGGAGCCCCUCGGCCUGGCCCAGCGAUAUCCUGAGCGUGCACUUCACUACUCUUGGGUCGACCCGGAGCUGAAGCGCAAGUGCCAAGACUGGGCUGCGAAGCGAUCUAUGCAGUACCGGGAACGCCGGGAACGCAGAAAGAGAAAGGAGCAGCGACGGCUCAAGCUCUAA